AUGUUGAGGAGCGAAAAGAUGUGUUUGGUGUCAAUGUAUUUUAGUAAGGAUACGGCAAAGCAGACUAUUGCGGAAAUAGGAAGAAACGGGCUGCUCCACUUCAGGGAUCUCAACAAGGGCAUCAAGUCCGAGAAUCUGCUGUACACCCGAGAGAUAGCUCACAUGGAGAAGCUCAUUUCGAGGAUGCAGUACCUAACAGGAGGCAUUGGGGAGAUUGAGGAGGGUGUUAAGCACAGCGACAUAGACCAAGUUGAGGAGCAGGUCAACAAAUUUUUCUCCAGACUGAUCCAACUGAAGUCGAUAAAGAAGGAGACCAAUACGAACCAGGCCAGGCUAAAGGAGGACCUGUACAUGCAGGAGGAAACAGAGAACUUUCUUGGGACAAUUACCGAGGAGGCACAUCUUGUCCAGUUUGACUUUAUGACCGGGAUAGUUGAAAAGGGAAAGAAGUUUCUGAUAAGAAAGGUGCUCCACCAAGCGUUGAGAAGAAACCUGGUGAUCAGGACAAAGGACGUGGAGGACGGGAUAAAGACCGUAUUUAUAGUGUUUGCACAUGGAAACGAGGCUUUGGAGAAGGUUAAGGACAUCUUUUCUUCUUUGGGAGGAAGAAUAAUGGACCAUAAGAAGUUCAGGGAAUGCAAGCGAGGGCUACUGGAGCUAAGUGCGGCAAUAAGCCAGAUCCAGCAGAUUGAGGAUCACAACGACGAGGCAAUAAGAAAAGAGCAGGAAAAGAUCCGGCACUUUGCAAAUACCUGGAGAUACUAUCUAAACAAGGAGAUGAAGAUAUACCAGGCUCUUAACAAGCUCAACUUCGACUUUGACCGGGACUGCCUUGUCGGAGAGGCUUGGAUUCUUGGAGAUGAGAUAGGCAAGCUGAAGCGGAUCAACGAGCUUAAAGGAGACGGCACAAGCCUGUUUGCAUUUGAGAUUAUGGAAAGCGAUGAGAUGCCCCCUACAUACUUCAGAACAAACGCAUUUACAGAGCCCUUCCAGGUUCUUACAAACACAUAUGCAGUCCCGUCGUACGGAGAGAUCAAUCCUGCAAUAUUUACACUAUUUACAUUUCCGAUGCUCUUUGGAUGUAUGUUUGGGGACGUGUUCCACGGGCUACUGCUGCUCUUCUUGUCGAUGUACAUGAUAAGGAACUCAAAGAAGUUCAAAAACUGCUCUGAGACUCUACGGAUGGUUAUCAGCGGGAAGUACAUAAUAUUUGCAUUUUCGCUUGGAGCCAUGUUUUUUGGGCUUUUGUACUCCGACUUCGGUUCCCUUACCAUUCCUCUGUUUUCCUCGAGCAAAGAUAGCGGCAGGACCUACCCGUUUGGGGUCGACUACAUGUGGCACCAUUCUAAGAAUGAGAUGGUCUUCCUCAACUCAAUGAAGAUGAAGAUGUCGAUCAUAAUAGGGUUUUUCCACAUGAGCCUCGGAAUAGCCAUUUCCUUCUUGAAUGCCAUAUACUUCAACGAACCUCUGGAGAUAUACGGAGUGCUUAUUCCGCAGACGAUCAUCUUCUGCUCCUUUGUUGGGUAUAUGGUGUUUCUGAUAGUAUACAAAUGGCUUGUUACGUCUAACUACCCCUCGAUAAUCGGAGUUCUGGUGAACAUGUUUACCAAUCCGUUUAUUGUUGCCGAGGAAAUGUAUCCUUACCAGCUGCAGGUGCAACUUUUCCUCCUUUUCCUGAUACUUCUGUGUAUUCCCUGGAUGUUGUUUGGGAAGCCUGUCUAUAUGAUGGCCAAGAACAUGGUGAAGAAGGAGGAGAUUUCGAGUCUGUGGAUCAACCAGUUCAUCCAUGUUGUCGAGUUUGGCCUUGGCCUUAUUUCCAACACUUCCUCGUAUCUUAGAUUGUGGGCUGUUUCUCUUGCCCAUGCCCAGCUUACCAGGGUUCUACAUGAGUUCACAAUAGGAAAGGAGGGUUUUAUUGCGCCUGUUGCACUUUCUGGGGUCUAUGUUCUUGGAACUGUUGUUCUUCUUAUUGGAAUGGAGGGCCUUGGCUCGUGCCUUCAUGCAAUGAGGCUUAACUGGGUUGAGUUUCACUCUAAGUUCUUUAGAGGAAGGGGAUACCUGUUUGAGCCACUUGGAUUCAACUUACCACUUGAUGAUGAGUAA